CGUACUUAUUCGAUUCCCCUUAUCCGUGGACCGUGGGGGUGAGAGAGCCACGGUUUUAGUCGUCCACCCCGUUGCUCACCGUCUCCCGUGUCUCCCCGGAGGGUUGGAAAGGAAGCUGGUCCAACACAAAGCAGGUGGAAAUUUUGGGACAAUGGAGAGCAAGAGCCGAGUGCUGAUAGUCGGAGUAACAGGAAGGCUCGGACGCCAUCUCGCCGAGGCAAGCCUAUCUUCAGGUCACCCCACUUAUGCUCUCGUCAGGGCAACGACGCUCACCUCCUCCCCUGAAAAGUCACAACUCCUUCAAUCCUUGGUUUCUUCAGGGCUCCAACUAGUGCAGGGUUCGCUGGAAGACUACCCAGUUGUUGUAGAAACGAUCAAGCAAGUCGAUGUGGUCAUAUCUGCCUUAGGUUCCUUUCAGAUCAUGGAUCAGAAGAACAUUAUUAGAGCUAUCAAGGAAGCUGGAUGUGUCAAGAGAUUCAUCCCAUCUGAAUUUGGUUCCGACCCUGAGAAAAUUCGCUUGCCGGAUCCUUCCUAUACUUUUCAUGCCAAGAAAUCUGAGAUUCGUCGAAUCAUAAGAGAGGAAGGCAUCCCUUUUACAUUCAUUUCCUGCAAUUAUUUUGCUACCUUUUUGCUUCCGUCACUCGUGCAACCAGGUCUAAAGUGCCCUCCAAGGGAUAAAGUCUUUAUUUAUGGAGAUGGAAACACUAAAGCCAUCUUUGUUAAGGAGGAGGAUGUUGCAGCCUUCACCAUAAAAGCAAUGGAUGAUACGAGGACAUUGAAUAAGACAGUUUACUUGAGGCCUCCAGGAAAUAUUCAGUCAUUUAAUGAGAUCGUACAGUUGUGGGAAGUAAAGAUUGGGAAAACCCUGGAGAAGAUAUAUGUGCCAGAAGAGCAGGUUCUCAAGAUAAUUGAAGUUGCUUUGUUGCAGAGAAUUCUUAUCCAAGCAACUUCGAGAUGGUGUUCAUAUAUUCAGCAUUUAUAAAGGGCGACCACAUUUACUUCAGUAUCAAGGAUUCAGGCGUGGAGGCAACUGAACUGUAUCCUGAUCACAAGUAUACGACAAUCAGCGAGUAUCUCGAUACCCUUCUGUGACAUGGCCGUAAUAUGUUUUCAGAGAGAUUGGUUUCCUAAAGCUUUUAGGAGAAGAAGCCAAUAAAAUUCUGCCGUUACUGAACUUUCCUGUCAUUAUGGUUGUGUGCAUCAAUUGGUUGUGGUACCUGCUGCAGGAGAGAGAAGCAGUUUUUCUAUAUGUUUCCCUUUUCAAUGUUUUGAACUUCAAACGCAAAUCCCUAUAAACCAUUAUUCUGUUGCAUUUGGGAACAA